CAGCAUUCGACUUGCAUGGAUAUCUCCUCGAUUCUCCAGGGCGGGUACCACCAUCCACUGUCUCGAUCAUGGCAAGGCAGGCGCCAGCUCACAAAGUCAAUGCUUAUGUACCCCAUCUUCAUAACGGACGACCCAGAUGCAAGCGACGUUAUUGAGAGUCUCCCAGGACAGAAGCGAUGGGGAGUGAACAGAUUGGAGGAGUUCCUGGGUCCAUUGGUCACGAAGGGUCUACAAAGCGUGAUUCUCUUCGGAGUACCACUGAAAUGCAUCAAGGAUGAGAAGGGAACGCCAGCAGACGAUCCAGCUGGACCCGUCAUUCUUGCUAUCAAGAAACUUCGCGAACUGUUCCCCGCUCUUUACAUCGCCUGUGAUGUCUGUCUGUGCGAGUACACAAGCCACGGUCACUGCGGUCUGCUCCACGAUGAUGGUACUAUCAAUACCGCUCCUUCUGUGGAUCGUAUUACCGAGGUUGCCGUCAACUAUGCGAAGGCCGGGGCCCACUGCGUAGCUCCUAGUGACAUGAUGGACGGCCGUAUCAAGGGCAUAAAACAAGGUCUCAUCAACGCUGGACUAGGGAAUAAAUGCACCUUGAUGGCUUACUCUGCUAAGUUUGCCAGCGCAUUGUACGGUCCUUUUCGGGAUGCCGCAGGGAGCGCACCUUCUUUUGGAGAUCGAAAAUGCUACCAGUUGCCACCAUCAGCUCGGGGACUCGCCCGGCGAGCUAUCCAACGUGACACUACAGAAGGUGCCGACGUUAUAAUGGUUAAACCAGCUCUACCGUAUCUCGAUAUCAUCGCUGAUGCUGCUCAACUUGCCCCAGACCAUCCUCUGGCUUGCUAUCAAGUAAGUGGAGAGUUCGCUAUGGUCGUAGCUGGGGCAAGAGCUGGUGUAUAUGACCUCCGAACGAUGGCCUUUGAAACUGUGGAUAGUAUGAUCCGUGCUGGUGCAACUCUUAUUCUUACUUAUUUCACACCUGAAUUUUUGGACUGGCUUGAAAAUUAA